UAAAAAUAACAAAAUUGCAGCUGCAAUGUUUUGUUUACCACAUUUUCUCGUUUAAGCCAUUGUUUCGGUUUGACUUUGAGAUUGUUUAUUGGAAAUUUUCAAGUCAGGUGCUUGAUGCGGUUGAAGCAAUAAGGUCUUAAUUACUAAAAAUUAAUCAUUAAAACCUUCCAACUUACCUUAGGCAUAUUGAGAAAAAACAAAUCAAUCAAAUCGUCAGCCCCUUCACUUUAGAGUCCAAACAGACACAAGAUAAAAUAGAUUUUUCAUAAGGUCAUUUCUAUAUGACUAGCCCAAAAGGGAUAUUUAAAUAAUUUAAUAUAAUUCUUGCUUUGUACUUUAGUUUUGUGUUGCUUCAGGCCUUGUAUAGCCAAAGACCAAAGAGUUCGCAUUGAGAAAAACGGAACCCUUUCACUUUAAAGUCCACAGAACCUCAAGAUCGUCAGUGCAAAAAUAAAAAAUAAAAAACCACGAAAACAAGUUUCGCAAAGAGUCGAACGUCGCAGAGCCGCGGAAAGCAGUCUGCCAUAUUCCAUAUCGAAUAACCAAAACCAAAACCAAUAUAAGUGUUUUUCUCGGUACAUCGUAUCCAACUAGCACCGUUGCAGCUAGUUCGUCGUGGCCUAUAUUCAAAAUAGAUCAGCGAUCGGGGGAUCGGUGCAUGUAACUGCAACUUCAACUGCGACUCCAAAUCCGAAUCCUACUCCAACGGAAAACUGCAACAAAAGAUGAAGAGAGCGACUGGAGCCAUGUGAGAACUUAGUCAGCGGCGAAGAGCUAAACUUAAAAACUAGUUUCCCAUUUGCGCGCUUAUGCUAAGUAAUAAUAAUAAAUAAGCGAAGUCGUUGUUCGCCGUUCGUUCGAGAAGUGACCUAAAAAUACUGGUUUGGUGUGCGGUUUGCGUGAGAACAUGGCCACAACAGCCGCCGGAGCAACGGCCGUGGUGAAGCGGCCCGGACCACCAGUGCCGCCCAGACCGAAGGCAGUCGCAGCCUCCUCGGCCGCCUCGGUUGCCAAUGCCGUCCCGCCGAUCAUCCAAAAGAAGCCCACCUUUGUCAGCCAGCUGAGUGCAGUGGGUCGCACCCUGGUCUACAAGUCGCCAUCGGUGCAUUUGCCCAAGAAGCAGGCCCAGACCCAGACACCAACCACAGCGGUGCCGUCUCCGACUCCAGGUCAGACUCCGACUCCGUCGCCAGCCCAGACGCCAAAUCCUACGCCUCCCGUCAAGCCCUUAAAGCUGCGAAAAGCUCCAGAUGUGCCAACAGCCAAGCCCAGGGAGGCCCUGGCUACCACUUCGGUGGUUACGGUCAAUAGACACAACUCCAUCAGCGUCCUGGAGGGCACUCCACACACGACUCCCCGUAAGGACACCCGCUUGAGUCUUGGCAAGGUGGACUUUGAGAGAGCUGGACUCCAGCCGGCAAGCCAGCCACUUCCCAGACCCAGGAAGAUAGUCCAGUUGCCAGUGGCGACACUGGAUGUGGAGGAUAUACCAAAGCCGACACCCGCCCCAUCCACAGGCCUAUUCCGGCGCUCCAAGACCACUUUGGAUAGCUACCAGAGGGAGUCGUUGGGAGCCGCCAACAACGGGGGAUUCCUGGGUGGAAGGACAGUGGAGAUAAAAAACAAUCUUAAGAAUGCAGCGGAGCGUCUCUUUUCGGAAAUCAUCAUCAAUCAGGGACAGAAGGGCCAAAAUGCUAACGAUACGACCAUAAUAACCAAGCACGAGGCAUUGAAGCAGGAGUCGGAGGUCCUCAUUCAGACUACAGGCAACUGCAUGAGGAUUAAUGUGAAUGGAGGUGCUCCAGUGAGCCUAAGUACCAUUAAAAGUUCGAUCAGUGUGGGAAAUACCCCGGAAAAGAAGCCGGCCUUCCACGAAAUGCUCAUCUCCGAGUUGGCUGCCAUGCGUAAUAAGUCCUGCUCCAUGGAGCAGUUGCCCACCAAAUCCCUAUCGACCCUGACUGCUUCCACACCCAAGAAACUGACUCCGCGUCGCCGUUUCAACUCCAUUGAAGAUCCCGAUACAGAGGAUGUGGAUGCGGACAAUGUGGAGGAUGCAGAUGGAGAUGUGGACGAGGAAGAUACACUAACCUUCACGGCAAGCAAGAACCUAAAGGAUUCUAAUGGAAAGGAAAUCUCAUCUACAAGGAAACGUUGCCCUUCCGGCUGCUCGACAGAUUCCUCGCCGUAUGGAACUGAGAGAUCGCAGCGCAUUCGCACCUCGGACUGGAUCGAGGUGGGUGACAAUGGCACUCAAGUGACUUUGACCAGUUGCCACAUCAGUCUGGAGGACUCUGGCAUGGAGGAUGAGGAGCGGUUGGACGAUAUGUCGUCGGGAGUGGGAGAUAGCUGGGAUAGCGUCAAGGAAGCCGAAAGCGAGAAGCGUUCACGCAAUCCAAAACGUGGAACAUCAUCGUGCGAGCUACCACCCCUGCCCAAGUCCCUGAUUGGCUUCAAUAAGCUACUCUGCUCCGAUUCGGGAUUACUUAGCGAUGUCGAGGGUAACAACAAUAACAACAGCAACAACACAUGCAGCGAGAUCAACCAAAAACCAAACGAUAACCUGGACAGCAAUGAGAAUGCCAGCGACAAGUCAACGCCCGCCUCCCCAAACGGAAACCAGGCAGUUCCUGCACUGGAAACGGAGGCGAAGACCACCUGUUCACCGGCCAAAGGAAGCCCCCAGGUCGUCGAGGCGGGCAGCACUCUGGAUGCACAAAUUGCGACGCUAAGGAAGGAAAUGAACGGAUUGCGUCAACUAGAUCUCUCUUUGCUGUCACAACUGUGGGUGCUUAACGAAUCGAUCCAGGAGUUUCGGGCUCUCAUCGAGGAGCAGGAGAACGAGGACGAGGACGACGAAGAUGACAACCUGAACGAAGUGGACGAGGACGGCAACCCAGCAUCGGUGGAGUCCAAGGCAAAGCAUCUGGGAACCAUACCAAAGGUGAUAACCACACAGCCAAAGGUGAUUCGGGAUGCGUUGGCCAAGCAGGCGCAGUUGCAGGGGCAGGAUCAGAAGCCUGUACCCAGAAUGCGAAGUGCCCCACCUCCACCACCACCGGUCACCGUUUCCGGAGUCCAGAAACCACCGGCCCCCUCACGGCCCACAUGAUGUUACCUCUCGGACUUCCUCGCCGGAGUCAAGAUGGUCAUGUGCAAGGCGAUUGUGAGUGAUGUGUCUGCUUCCUCCACCACGACCUCGACUUCGACCUCGAUCUUGUCGACCCCGUCGGCGUCAUCCCUUUUACGGAAUGGAAUCAGAUCCUAACCCGAAAGUGUCGGGACCAGAAGUGGCUACGGAAUCGAAGUGCUACCAUGCAUAGUUAUAGUUAAGUAGGAUCGACUCAUGAGCGAACUGAUCAUAAAUUUUGAGUUUAGCACGCUAGAGCUGAGCUUCCAUUCAGAUAAGGGGAAUCGUUUCGAAAGUAAGGAUAUCUACAAAAAUAAAUCCUACAAAGCUAUGCUUACCUCAAUUUAGGAAGACCCAACAUAUAAUAAUGUAAUCGAUAGAAUUCGUAAGACCAAACCUCUAGGCUCUAGAACGGUUAGGAGUCCUUUGUGAUCUUCAGUUUUAAG